UUAAUUUAUGCACCGUGAAUGAAAUGGGGAGAGAAAAUAUAUCUCUUUUGUUACAAUUUUACAUAUGCAAAUCACUAUUAGAAAUUAUUCAAGAAUUAUAUCGAUAAAUUUUCAUAUUAUGUGAAAAAAUUUAAUAACUUGGAAUAAAUUCUUUGAAAUAAAAUUGAAAAUAAUAUCGCGAUACUUUGUUGGAAUUAAAUUAUUAAUAAAAAGGGAGAUAUAGGACGACAAAAACAAUGGGAGAUAGAAGUAAAUGAAAGUCAAUUUCGAUAUAAAUAUAUGUCUUUAUAUAAUCUACUAAGCCUUUGAGUAUUAUGAAAAAAAAUUUUCAGAAAAAUUUGCAAAAAUUUUUUUUAAAAAUUUAAUUUUUUUUUUGUACGAUUAGAAUUUGUUUUUGUGAUUAAAAUGUAUAAAGCAGAACUUUCACUUAUGGUUCUUCAAUUUAUUGGUUGUUGGCAACCAAAAUUUCCCUCACAAUGUGUUUAUAUUUUAUAUAAUAUUUAUUGUUGUUUUAUGAUAUUUGUUAUUUAUUUUUUUACAUUUACCACAAUUAUGUAUUUAUUUCGUUACAAUUACAAUUUAGAAGAGUUUACAGAAAAUUUUUUCUUUUCACUUGCAUUACUUUGCGCAACAAUUAAAAUUGGAAAUUUAUUAAUUAAACGUAAUAAAAUUAUUGAAUUAAUUGAAAUGUUAAUUGAUGAAAGAUUCAAUCCACAAGAUUAUAUUGAAUUUCAAAUUCAAAAUAAAUUCGACAAAAUUUCCAGAAAUGGAACAAUAAUGUUUCUUGUAUUGGGUGGUACGACAAUAAUUUUAAAAGCAACGGGACCAUUGAUUAAUGAUAACAAUAAAAUGUUACCUUAUAAAGCAUGGAUGCCUGAUAAAUUUGAAGAAAAUUUAUCAUUUUCGAUGAUAUAUGGACUUCAAGCUAUUGGUUCAUUUGGUGCUGGACAGGCAUCAAUAGCUAUUGAUACAUUUGCAAUGACAAUGAUGUUGCAACUUUGUUCACAAUUGGAAAUAUUAAUGCAUCGUAUUAAAAAAUAUCCUUAUCAUACAUUGGAAAGAAAGAUUUACAAUAAUUUUUCACAAAGAGAAAAAAAUAUUGGCAUUUGGGUACAACAUCAUCAAACCAUGUUUAUGUAA